AUGUCAGAUUCACUCAUCCACUCAAUGGCUGGUGCAGCUGGUGUCGAAACAAAGCAUGAACACAAGACCACCUACCAAGCGGUUGUGGAUAUUAUCAAGCGAGAAGGGGUGCUUGGCCUAUACAGCGGCUUAAACUCUAGCUUGCUAGGCAUAGCGAUCACCAAUGGAGCUUAUUACUACUUCUAUGAGAGGUCGCGAGGCAUUAUUCUUGCCUCCCGCAAAGGGAGUAAAGCGCUCAGCACCUUGGAGUCUAUGUUAGCAGGCGUCAUCGCGGGUUCCGCUACUACUCUCAUCAGCAACCCCAUCUGGGUCGUCCAAACUUCCCAAGCUACGCGGACGAUGGAAGGCUCCCCGGACGUUGCACGCGAAGGCCCCGCCAUCAAGAAGCUUAGUAUCGUCGAAACCGUUCAGCACAUUAUGCGCAAAGAUGGUAUCCAGGCGUUCUGGCGGGGUAUCGGUCCCGCGCUAGUCCUUGUCAUCAACCCCGUGCUGCAGUACACUGUGUUUGAGCAGUUAAAGAACUUUUUGAUCCGGACGAGGACGGCUAAGCUACGAGCCAGCGGCGCUACCACGGCCGUCGCAGUCCUGUCGGAUUGGGAUUUCUUCUUCUUAGGCGCUCUGUCUAAGCUGAUUGCGACGUCAUCGACUUAUCCCUACAUUGUCGUGAAGAGCCGACUGCAAGCCGGUCAUGCAAGAGCGCUGAAGUACAAGUCCACGCUCGACGGCAUACUGACGAUCCUCCGAGAAGAAGGGGUAGAAGGACUAUACAGAGGCGUGGGCAGCAAGCUCCUGCAAAGCGUCCUGACCGCCGCCAUUCUGUUCGCCUGCCAGAGGAGAAUAUACGAGAUCACCAAAGCGGCUCUUAACCCUGCACUCGUGAAAUAG